AUGUCUCCAGAAGAACUGGUCUCAAUGGCCACACUCGUCACCCUCUAUAGACUCAUAACUCGAGAGGACAUUAAGCUAAUUUAUGCUAUCAAGGACCCGAAUAAUGACCCUAACAUUGGAUCAGCGCGGGGGAAUAACAAAUCCUCGACAUCGGAGGCACUCCAAACCGUGGGGAUAACGGCGUCUACAUCUGGAAUGGCAUUGCUUUCCACUUUCCUUCCCGCAUUCAUCCUGGCUGCCCUUUGCUUCCUGAUAUUUCUCAUCUGCCGCCGAACACAGCGCCGAUUCUACUCUCCAAGGUCAUAUCUAGGGCAUAUGCAUGACCAUGAACGAAGCCCGGAACUCCCCCAUGGGUUUGUCAACUGGAUAGGGGAGUUCAUUCGCCUCCCAGAUAGCCAUGUUCUCCGACAUUCAUCUCUGGACGGCUAUUUUUUCCUUCGGUUUCUGAAGAAGAUGUCCCUGCUGAGCUUCAUUGGAUGCUGCAUUACAUGGCCGAUUUUAAUGCCAAUACAUAUCACCGGAGGCGCCGGAAAUACCCAGCUUGAUGUUCUCACUUUUAGCAACGUUGUCAAUCCUAAGCGAUACUACGCGCAUACAAUUGUCUCCUGGAUAUUUUUUGGGUUUGUAUUUCUCAUGGUCUGCCGUGAAAGCAUCUUUUAUGCAGCUCUUCGCCAGGCCUAUCUCCUUUCGCCGCUAUACGCUGACCGGAUCUCUUCUCGAACCGUUCUGUUCAUGUCAGUUCCACAAUCCUACCAGAAUAAAGCGAAGCUCUCGAAGAUAUUCGGUGACUCGGUCAAGCGUGUUUGGACGUCGGAAGAUACGUCGAAGUUAGCGAGACUUGUUCGCAAGCGGGACAACCUUGCAUAUAGCCUAGAAGGUGCCGAAACAAGAUAUGUUAAAAAUGCACAUGCUGCCCGCCUAAAGGCGUUGAAGAAACAAGGCCGAGACCUGGAGGUCUCAUUAGAAGAAGCCGCUGUUAAGCAGAGCAGUAAUGAAUCUGAUCUCCACCAGUCCCCCUGGCUAUUACAUGUUAAGCGCCCUUCAAGACGAUCCCACUAUCUCUUCGGCGAGAAGGUUGAUAUCAUUGAAAACCUUCGCUCUCGUCUUGCUGCGCUGAUCCCGAAGGUUGAAGCUCUGCAACAGGAACACCGAGUCGGCGAAGCAAAGAGUGUAGGCGGCGUGUUUGUGGAAUUCACUACCCAACGAGAAGCCCAAAUCGCAUACCAAACUCUCUCGCAUCACCAUCCAUCCCAGAUGACACCACGGUUCAUUGGCAUUCCACCGCACCAGGUACUAUGGCCGGCUCUGCGGUAUUCGUGGUAUCAAAGGAUUGUCAGGAAAUUUGCCGUGCAGGGUUUCAUUGCCGUUUUGAUCAUUUUCUGGUCCAUACCGUCUGCCUUGAUUGGAUCAAUUUCCAACAUUACCUAUCUCACCAAUCUUCUUAAAUUCCUCAGCUUCGUGAACGAACUACCUUCCUUCAUAAAGGGAGUAAUAAGUGGUCUUCUUCCUGCGGCAGGGUUAGCUAUUUUGAUGUCGGCAGUUCCAUGGAUCAUGAGAUGGUGUGCAAGACAAUCAGGUGUCCCUUCAACGGCUAAAGCAGAACUCUUUACGCAGAAUGCUCAUUUCUGCUUUCAAGUAGUACAGGUAUUCCUCGUAACUACCAUUACAUCCGCGGCCUCUGCGGCUACAAGUCAAAUUAUCAAAAACCCACUUUCGGCGAAAGAUUUGUUAGCAAAGAACCUACCAAAGGCUACAAAUUUCUACAUUUCGUACUUCCUUUUCCAAGGAUUAAUGCUGAGCUCAGGGGCUGUGGUGCAGGUUAUUGCAUUUUUGGUUUUCCAGGUCCUUCGGACUGUCUUUGACACCACGCCUCGAAAGUUAUACUCACGAUGGGCUGCACUUACAGGAGUAUGGUGGGGAACAGUCUUCCCCGUUUUCACGAAUAUGACUGUGAUCGCAAUUACCUACAGCUGUAUAGCUCCGUUGGUUCUUGGCUUCUCUGCACUUGGCCUCUAUUUGGUGUACCAAGCCUAUCGAUACAACCUACUCUUCGUUUACGAGCCAGUUAUCGACACAAAGGGUCUAGUAUACCCUCGAGCACUCCAACAGGUGUUAACGGGUGUUUACCUAGCAGAAAUAUGCAUGUUUGGGCUCUUUGCCAUCCGUGCAGCCAUCGGCCCUAUGGUCUUAAUGGGCAUGUUUACUGUAUUCACUGGACUUUGUCACAUUUCCCUGAAUGAAGCACUGGAACCUCUUCUAUCGGCAUUACCUCACACCCUCAACAAUGAAGAAGACUGGACGUGUACAACACCGAGCGACCUGGAAAAGCCUCGAUUAUUGUCUCGAAGCAUGACCAGCGGCAAGGAGUUCCUACCUCGACGUCAGAACACGUUAACUCUGGCAGAGAUCGCCACGGCGCCAGACUCGCUAUCGGGAAAGCUCAAAAACUUCCGCUGGUGGCUCUUCCAUCCUAGCAUAUAUGCCAACUAUGCGGCACUGCGAGAGAAGAUACGACAGGAUCCGUCAAUCCCUUAUGAUGAACAAGUCUCGGACAAUGCGUAUCAUCCGAGCUGCGUCUACAGCCAGCCACCUCUUCUUUGGAUCCCUCGAGAUGCUGGAGGUGUGAGCCGUCAGGAGGUGGAGCUUACCAGUGCCAUUAUACCCAUGACCGACAAUGAAGCUCAUCUUAACGGCAAGAACAAAGUGGUAUGGGAUAAAGUCGGAAUGAAACCACCAAUAUGGGAGGAAAAGGUGUUUUACUAG